AUGUCUGACGUCCAGAAGCCCGUUGAGGAGACCCCCGCGGUCGUUCCCGUUGCUGAGACUGUGGUCGAGGCUCCCGCCACUGAGGCGCCCAAGGAGACCAACGAGGCUGCUCCCGUUGAGGAGACUGCCACCGACAAGCCCGCUGAGACUGAGGCCCCUAAGGAAGAGGCCAAGGAGGAGGUCAAGGAGGAGGUUAAGCCCGCCAGCGAGGGUAUCCUCGGCCACAAGGCUCCUGGUCUGGUCAAGAGCCUGCGUUUCGCCAAGCGUUUCUUCUACUUCAACGAUGAGCCCAUUGAGGCCAAGCAGCUCUCCGUCUUCCACCAAAACGAGAAGCCCGCCGUCGCCAAUCCCACCGCUGCCUGGGCCAGCCAGACCGGAAAGGGUCUGUUGUUCCUGACCAAGCGUGCCGAGGACAAGGCCACCCCCGCUGGCAUCUUCAACCUGGCUGAGAUCUCCGACCUCACCAAGGAGGGUUCCAACGAGUUCCUCUUCAAGGUUGCUGGCCAGAAGCACACCUUCCAGGCCUCUAACGCCACCGAGCGUGACAGCUGGUUCGUUGCUCUUGAGUCCAAGUCUGCUGAGGCCAAGGCCGAGAAGGAGGCCCUCACCUCUAGCGAGGGCUACAAGGCUGAGCUUGAGAAGCUGACCAAGCCUGCCGUUGCCGUUGCCGCCAAGAAGCCCGAGGAGAAGAAGGAGGAGGCCCCCGCCGCCGCUGAGGAGGCCAAGACUGAGGAGACUGAGCCCAAGGAGGAGAAGCCCAAGGAGACCGCCAAGAGCCGUUCCCAGUCCCGCAAGCGCGGCAGCAUCUUCGGUGCCAUCCUUGGAAAGAAGGAGGCUGAGGAGAAGAAGGCCGAGGAGCCCAAGGAGGAGACUGCUGAGGAGACCAAGGCCGCUGAGCCCGCUGCUGAGGCCGCCACUGAGACUCCCGCCGAGACCGCUGCUGAGCCUGCUGCCACCGAGGCCCCCGUUGAGGCCGAGGCCGCUGCCGCUGCCUCUCCCGCUGAGGCUACCGAGGAGAAGAAGGAGGAAAAGAAGGAAGAGAAGAAGGCCAAGCGCACUUCCAUCUUCGGCACCUUCUUCAACAAGGUCGCCAGCCCUUCCCAGGAGAAGUCUGAGAAGGAGGCCACCGCCCCCGUUGAGGAGACUCCCGUCGCCAGCUCCGCUCCCCAACUUGACAACCCCGUUGAGGAGACCGCUCCCAUUGAGGCCGAGGCUGUCACCGCUCCUGCUGAGGCUGAGGCCGCCAAGGAGACCGCCGCUGAGACUCCCGCCGAGACCCCCAAGGACAAGCGCCGCUCUUCUUUCUUCGGUUUCAAAAAGGAGAAGAAGGCCGACACCUCCGACAACGAGGCCACCACUGAUGGCGAGAAGGAGACCAAGAAGGCCAACAAGCUUGGCGGUCUUUUCCGCAAGCCCUCCAAGGCUGUGAAGCUUGACAAGGAGGAUGUCACCGCUGCUGAGACUGAGGUCAAGGCCGAGCAGACUGAGGCUUCCACCGAGGCCGCUGCCGCUCAGGAGACUGCUGCUCCCGUUGAGGAGGCUGCCAAGGCCCCCGAGACCGCUGCUGAGGAGACCAAGAACGUCGAGGUCACCGCCUCCACUCCCGUUCAGGCUGCUGCUUGA